UAACAAAGGAUUUUCCCGCGGAUACAAAUGGCGUCUUUUUAGCGCAACGUGAUUUUUGUUUGUUGUCUAUUUAUUGUUUUAUACAUAAAGUUGGCAAAAAUAAUUUUCGAGAAUGACCAAUACGAAUGGAUUUUCAGAUUCGCAAGAAUCUGCGUUAUUAGGAGAAGAAGAAUAUAAAGAACUGGAAAAAGAACUCGAGUUCAUCCCCUCAUUCUGGACAGUAAUUGAGACCAAAGUAGAAGAAGAAAAGCAAAUGGGGGAUGAUGAACAAUAUUUUCAACCUGAAACAUCUAUUCCAGUAAAAGAAGAAUUUCCGGGUCGUCAUAACUUUCAAGUUUCUCUGGCUAAUCAAGAUUCAAGUAAACAUUGGGUUUACUCUCAGACAUUAAAAAAAGUGUUCAUUAACAUGGAAGAAACAUUACCCUUGCGAUUUAAAUGGGAGCCACCAAUAGAUGGUUUUCUUUUGCGUACUGCCAUGGUUUUUAGUUUAGAUCAAUAUGCUAGCGAUCCAGUUAGAAGGUGUCAUAAUCACAUGGCACCAAACAAUUCAAGUAAUAGAGAUAUAGAUCCUAGAGUAAUUAAACAUGUUAUUCGUUGCACAGAUCAUAUGAGCAUGUAUGAGGAAAGGAAUGAACAUUUGUCUAUAAUAACACCCCUUCAUACUCCACAACCUGGUUCACAGUAUGUGCCAGUGGGUUUUAAGUUUUUAUGUAAAAAUAGUUGCCCGUCUGGUAUGAAUCGUAGACCUACAGAAUUGAUUUUCACUUUAGAAGAUCGUAAGAGAAAAGUAUUAGGUAGAAGAAGACUUCCUGUUAGAGUUUGUAGUUGUCCAAAAAGAGAUAAGAAAAAGGAAGAAGCAGAGAUAGUUGAUGCACAACCUGAUUUAAAGAAAAGAAAACUUUGUAUGUCAGUUGGAAAAAAAAUGAUGCCUUCGUGUGAUACUCAUGUAUUCAGUGUUCAGUUAAAUAUAGUUGGCAAAGAAAAUUAUUUGGCAGUAUUAAAGUAUGCAUAUGAUAUUAUGGCAGGUCAAGCUUCCCGAACUGGACAAUUUGAAUUUUUUAAACCAUACAUGGACGAUAUAUUACGUAAAACUCCGUGAUGCAUAUUUGUAUGAAUUUUGUCUUUCAUAUGAUCUUAUGUGCCUUAAAAAAGGAAAAUAUUUUAUAUGUUUUAAUGUUAUCUAUUUGUAUACCUUACGAAUUUAACAUGCAUGCCUUAAUUAAUAAUGCAUUUUAUUCCAUGUUGAUUUAACAUGGGAUUAUACUUUUCUAUAUUACAUGCAAUUUAUAAUGCAUGCUAAUAUUUACUUAAGUAUUCUUUUAUUAACAUUGUGAUACUUCGACAUUUUUAUAUUAAAAUAUAAAUUUGUUAAUAAUAAUAAAUAAAUAAUUUUAUUAUUUUCUCAGA